UCCAAACUACACAGUUGAUAAAACAUAAAUCGGAACUGUUUAGACCGAAUAUCGUAUUAUGUUUUGCGCUCGCAACGUUAUACCGAUAUGUGUCCGUUAUGCUCGCAAGAUUAUAUCCGCAUCUCACCGAAUUCAAUCAAAGCCUAAUCAAUAAUGCCGAUCGAUAUACGGAUGUGCUGCUUGUUUUGUGAUUUGGCUGACCGGGGUGCACGUGCGUGUCAUUACAUUUCGAUAAUGUCGGUUUGACUUUUCAGUGACGUCUCAUUGUCUGCAAAACAAGUGCCAUGUUGACGCGGUUAUUCAGCGACGCGCAAAAGUUCCCAGGUUGGGCAGACGACAGCGGAAGCGACGAUUCCAAGACGAAGGAUGACGAACACGAGCGGGGGUCGCGCGAGGACGAUGCGGACGACAUGUUGGGUGAGUGCAAGAGCACAAGUCGCGCGCAGUCGGAGAUCGCGGCGGAUGAGGACGAAGACGACGAUGACGACGACGACGAUGGUGCCGACGAUGACGAGAACGGCGACCGACCGCGAAAGCGCGGCCCCAAGAAACGCCAGAUGACGCCGGCGCGCCUCGAGCGCUCCAAGCUGCGACGGCAGAAGGCGAACGCACGUGAGCGCACUCGCAUGCACGACCUUAACUCGGCGCUGGACAACUUGCGCAAAGUGGUGCCUUGCUACUCAAAGACGCAGAAACUGUCAAAGAUCGAGACGCUGCGCCUUGCCAAAAACUACAUCUGGGCGCUCUCGGAGAUCUUGCGUAACGGUAAGAGACCAGACGUCGUUUCAUACGUGCAGACAUUGUGCAAAGGACUCUCGCAACCGACUACGAAUUUAGUGGCAGGUUGCUUGCAGCUCAACGCGCGGAACUUUCUCACUGAUCUUUCGCAUCAGGAGAGCGCGGCGGCGCGCUUCCACGCACCUGACGCGUCCUUCGCCGCCGCUGCGCACGCCUACCCGUACCAGUGUGCGCGCCUCGCGGGCCCUCAGUGCCAGUCCGGCGCGCACGGGUAUUGCUAUGAGCCCGAAUACACAGGUGCCGCCGAUUACGACGCGCGACGCAGCCCGACGCCCACGUGCGUCAACGGUGGAUUCGCUUUGCGAUCGCACGAGGCCGUGUCACCGGAAAUCGCGGACCGAGGAUACCAUCACUACUCCAUGCACUACGCAGCUGCGCGCAGCCUCGCCUAUGGCCCUUCGGGAGCUCGAGGAGGCGGAAGUGGAGGUGGUGGUGGCGGAGGUGGAGGCGGUCAUUCGGAGAACGUGCCGCCGUACCACGACGUGCACGCGCACCACCACCACCACGAGCGCGCGCCCGCAUAUGAGGAACUGAACACCUUUUUUUCAUAAUUGGAAAAACAAAUGUGUCGAUCGUCGUCAUCAUCGUAUAAAAUUCGUGUGGGACUAAAAAAAAACAGACGCAUUACCUUUACAACAAACAGGUUUAUUUAAUGCAGUCAAAAUAAAAGGAUUGCUUUUUCCCUGGACAUUAAACGGAACUACAGUGGACUCGUGGUGGAAAAUAAUGAAUAAAUGGAUUACACACAGUCGAGCGGUUUACCACAUUUUCCCCAAAUUGUAAUAACGGAAUGCGUUACCAAUGUAACAAAAAAAAAAGAAUGAAAACGAGUGAAUCAAAAUAAUAACAAUAAUAAAAGAAACAUAAUAAGGACAAAUACAAUCGAGUACCUAUGAU